AUGGUUCAGAAUCAAAUGCCACCGAGCACCAUUACGAUCUCCCACGGCUCUGCGUGGGUUCCCACCGCCUGGUGUUCUUCGAAGAUGAUGAUGAUGAUUAUGACGACGACGAUCGAAGACGACGACGACAACGACAACGACAACGACGACGACAAUAACAAUAACAAUAACGACAAUAACAACGACAAAGACGAAGACAACUACAACUACAACGACACCGACAACGAUACCGAUAAUGACAAUAACGACAACAACAACGACGAUCAUGAUGAUGACGACAAUGACACUGACAAUGACAACAACAACAACAACGAUGAUAACAGCAGCAAUGAUAACAACGACGACAACGACGACAGCGACCGCGUGUUCUUCAUAUUACGACCUCAAAGAAUGACCGCGGCGAGAAGCAGAGAAAAAAUUUCAGCUUUUUCCUCGGUACACCUCCCGCGAGGCCAAACUCAAGCUCGAGCUCGCCCUUUGCCAUGA